AUGAACUCUCAUCAACAUGAGAAAAAUGUUCGCAUGAUACUGUCUCUCUUUACGUGGCGUUUGAUCAAUAUACACUUUGUUACUUGCAAAAAACCGAUUCUACUUGAUACAUGUAUGAACCAAUCUACUCUGUCGUCUUGCAAAAUCGAGAUAUCUUCGAUAAAAGUUAAGCCUAAAGAUCAACACUUCUACAAUAGUUGUGUCUCUCCUGUUUUGCUUAUGUUAAUAGCAUACGUACAUUCGAUGACUAAUCGACAGGAAUCCCAACCGACCCCGAAUUUACCUGAUUAUGCAUUUGGAGAACGGCUCGGAGCCGGAACAUAUGGAACUGUAUAUAAAGCAAGAUUGAUAUCAAAUAUUUUAUCCAGACCAAGCUCAGCUGCAUAUAAUCGGCCAACGAGUGCGCGUCCUACGAGUGCUCUGCCUGCCUUCUAUGCUAUCAAGUGUAUCAGCCGAAAAUCUUUAACAAAAACCACGGAAGAUUUACUCAUCAAUGAAAUUAAACUGCUCAAAGGUAUUAAACAUGAGCAUAUCGUCGAAAUGUACGAUUUCCAAUGGGAUGAGAACUAUAUCUACAUUAUUAUGGAGUAUUGUGCUGGAGGUGAUAUGUCCAUGUUCAUACGUUCUCGGCAACUGUUAUCUGAAGCACGUGUUCGGCCAUUUGUUAAACAAAUCGCAAAAGUGUUAAAAUUUUUAUAUGAAAAGAACAUUAGUCAUAUGGAUUUAAAACCUGAAAAUAUUCUUUUGACGUCAGUGGAGAAGCCAAUUUUAAAGAUAGCAGAUUUUGGUGUGGCGCAAUGUAUUGGUAAAGAUGGCAGUCGAAGUAUACGUGGAACACUGAUGUAUAUGGCUCCAGAAAUACUUUCAUCUCAUCCAUAUGAUAAUCGAGUUGAUCUUUGGUCAGUGGGAGUGAUACUUUACGAAUGUCUAUUUGGUCGUCCACUUUUUACUUUUACGACGAUCCAUGAUCUUAUUGAUACAAUCAAAUCAGAUACACCAAUCGAAAUUCCAAAUGAUGCUAGGAUAUCUCCAGAAUGUCGAAGUUUACUUGAAGGUUUGUUACAACGUGAUCCAAACCAACGAAUUAGUUUUGUCGAGUUUUUUCGUCAUCCAUUUAUCUUCGCGGACCUCUCAGCUCAAAUCGCACGAGCAGAUGACUUUCUACAAAAAGCAAUUCAUUAUGAACAAUCAGGUGAUUUACAAAAGGCUCUAGAUUAUCGUGUCAGAACACUAGAUGAAUAUGUCGCAAUAACGAAAGUCGAUGAGGAUGCCGAUCGAAAACGAAUAUUUAAAAUGAAAAUAACACAAGGUGUCAGUGCUGCUGAAGAUCUAAAAAAGCGGAUUAGAGAAACAGUUACGAAUUCAGGAUUGACGCCACCAGCAACAGCAAGUUUAUCAUCAUCAUCACUGUCACCACCAACAAUCAUGAAUACGGAUCCUCUUGAUUUAAACAAUGAUCAAGUACUUUUUGAUGCCUAUCAGAAUUGUUUGAAUGGCAAUCAACUUGUGAAUGCAUUCCGAUUUGCUCAAGCUUGUGAAGAGUAUGAAAAAGGUUUAACUGUGAUGUUUGGCGUAGCGCGAACGGAAAUGGAUCCUAUGAAGAAGCAAAUCCUACGUGAAGUGAUCACUCAUUUCUUGAGCAAAGCUGAAUCAGCAAAACAACGAAGUGAAACGCAACGAAUCGAUCUAGCUUUUCAGAAGAUCAAAGAAGAUUCAGCAAACGAUGGUACGACCCCAGACGAAGUCCUAAACGAUGAAAAGAAACAAUCAGCAGCAACUCAAACUUGUUGUUUACAGUGA